UACACUUCCGGUCUUUGUGGUUUGCCACUCGGGGUCGGCGGCUGGCGCCCUGGCAACUCUUGGGUUUCGCGGAAAGAAAAGAUUACUCAAAUCUCCAGCACAGAACUAGUUGUACUGUGCUUCUUCUUAAGCUGCUUCAGCCCAGAAUGGCUGUGGAAUCCAGAGCAAUUUCAACUCAGGAUCAUCAGGAACAAGGAUUACUACUGGUGAAAAUAGAAGAUGGCUUUUCCUGGAGCCAUACAUUUAAACAGAAUGGAAGCACCGAAUCCUGCCAAGAAUUGUUUCGCCAGCAGUUCAGGAAGUUUUGCUACCAUGAGACACCUGGACCUCGGGAGGCUCUGGGCCGACUCCAGGAGCUUUGCUAUCAGUGGCUAAUGCCAGAGUUGCAUACCAAGGAACAGAUCCUAGACCUACUGGUGCUAGAGCAGUUUCUGAGCAUUCUGCCCGAGGAGCUGCAGAUAUGGGUACAGCAACAUAGUCCAAGAAGUGGAGAGGAAGCUGUGACCCUGUUGGAGGAUUUGGAGAGAGAGUUUGAUGAUCCAGGGCAACAGGUCCCAACUAGUCCACAGGGACCAGCGGUGCCAUGGAGGGAUCUGACAUAUCUCAGAGCAUCCAAGGAGUCAGAAAACAUCCAGCUCCAACUCCAGCCUCUGAAGACACAGUUGAAGUCCUGGAAACCUUGCCGUUCCUCCAAAAGUGUUAUCAUUUCAGAUUGUGAGAACAAUGAAACAGCAAGUAAUAUCAUUUCAGAAGAAAAAUCACAGGAACUCUGUCAGGAAGCUUCAUUUGGAGGAGGUGAUGGGCAGGAAAGCAGCUUAGAGUGGCAGCAAGCAAGUGCUACACGGGAGAAGUUAAGAAGAUCCCCUCCCCAUGGGGGCAGCUUCAGUCAAGUGAUCUUCACACACAAAUCUUUAGGAAAGAAAGACCAUGAUGAUGAGCCUCAAAGAUUCUUGAUUCUAAGUGCAAACUCUAUAACAUGUCAGAAGGUUCCUGCAGAAGAAAGACCUUAUAGAUGUGAUGUCUGUGGGCACAGCUUCAAGCAGCAUUCCUCUCUCACUCAGCAUCAAAGAAUCCAUACUGGAGAAAAGCCCUAUAAGUGUAACCAGUGUGGAAAGGCCUUUAGUUUGAGAUCAUAUCUGAUUAUUCACCAGCGAAUUCAUAGUGGUGAGAAAGCAUAUGAAUGCAGUGAAUGUGGGAAAGCCUUCAAUCAGAGCUCAGCUCUCAUUAGACAUCGGAAAAUUCAUACUGGUGAAAAAGCUUGUAAAUGUAAUGAGUGUGGCAAAGCAUUCAGUCAAAGUUCGUAUCUCAUUAUACAUCAAAGAAUUCACACUGGUGAAAAGCCCUACGAAUGUAAGGAAUGUGGGAAAACUUUUAGCCAGAGCUCAAAGCUUAUUAGACAUCAGCGAAUUCAUACAGGAGAGAGACCUUAUGAAUGUAAUGAAUGUGGGAAAGCUUUUAGGCAGAGCUCAGAGCUGAUUACUCAUCAGAGAAUACACAGUGGGGAGAAGCCCUAUGAAUGUGGUGAAUGUGGGAAAGCCUUCAGUCUGAGCUCCAACCUCAUCAGGCAUCAGAGAAUUCACAGUGGAGAGGAACCUUACCAGUGUAACGAAUGUGGUAAAACCUUCAAAAGGAGUUCAGCCCUUGUUCAGCAUCAGAGGAUCCAUUCUGGGGAUGAAGCUUAUAUAUGUAAUGAAUGUGGGAAGACUUUCAGGCACAGAUCAGUUCUCCUGCGCCAUCAGAGGGUCCAUACUGUAAAUUUGUGGAGGCCGUCUCUCUGUGUAACGAGUCCCAUCUCCAGUCUGCACAGGGAUUCUCUUCUGAGCCCACAGAUGGCCAGUUGCCUCCAGGUCCCUGGCCCUCUGCCCAUGGAGAUCCAGUUCGAGUAUGAGUCUCAGGAACACCAACUUCUGACAGAUGAUGAGACUAAGAUCAAGAUUGGAGAACCAGCUUCAGAGGAGGAAAUUAUAGCAGAAAUUAUAGCAGAGCCACUGACUGAAGAGUCUGGCAAUACCAGAACAGAUCUUCUCCAGGAUGAUGAAUACAGAGAAUUCUGUGAACUCGGAGAUAAACUGGAUGAAGAGGAUGAGAACUUCCUUAAAAAAAGACAGCUUAAUUGUGAUGGAUGUGACACAAGCUUUGCUUGGAGUACAGGCCUUCUUAGGCACCAAAGAACCCAUUGGGAGAAACCCUAUGAAUGUGAUGAAUGUGGAAAAGCCUUUCGUAUGAGGUCUGCCCUGGUUCUGCAUCAGAGAAUUCAUACUGGUGAGAAACCCUAUCCUUGUCAUUGGUGUGUCAGAAGUUUCAUUCGGAGCUCAGACCUCAUUAAACAUCAGCGAGUCCACACAGGUGAAAAACCUUAUAAAUGUGAUGAAUGUGGGAAAGCCUUCAGUCAGAGCUCAGAUCUCAUCAUCCAUCAGAGAAUUCAUACAGGAGAAAAGCCCUAUCAGUGCAGUCAUUGUGGUAAAAGUUUUAGCCAAUGCUCUGACCUAGUAAAACAUCAGCGAAUCCACACUGGAGAGAAGCCUUAUACAUGUAACCAGUGUAACAGACGCUUUAGUCAGAGUUCUGAUGUUAUAAAACAUCAGCGAAUCCACACAGGAGAGAAGCCAUAUAAGUGUGAUGUGUGUGGGAAAGCCUUCAGUCAGAGCUCAGAUCUUAUUCUACAUCAGAGAAUCCACACUGGGGAGAGGCCAUAUCCAUGCAAUCUGUGUAAUAAAAGCUUUAGUCAGAACUCAGACCUUAUUAAACAUCUAAGGAUUCACACUGGAGAGAAACCCUAUAAAUGUAAUGAAUGUGGAAAGGCUUUUAACCAGAGCUCAGUCCUUAUUCUACAUCAAAGAAUUCACACCGGAGAGAAACCUUAUCCAUGUAAUGAAUGUAGCAGAACCUUCAGCAGGCUUUCAGAUCUUAUGAAUCAUCUGCGAAUUCACACUGGUGAGAAACCUUUCCCAUGUACUCAGUGCAGUAAAAUGUUUAGUCGAAGGUCAGACCUUGUUAAGCAUUACAGAAUUCACACAGGUGAGAAGCCCUAUGAAUGUGACGAAUGUGGAAAGACCUUCAGUCAGAGCUCCAACCUUAUUCUACACCAGAGAAUCCACACCGGAGAGAAACCCUAUCCAUGUCAUUAUUGCACUAAAAGUUUUAGUCGCCGCUCAGACCUUGUAAAGCAUCAAAGAAUCCACACUGGUGAGAAACCCUACAUGUGUAAUGUUUGCCGGAAAAGUUUUAGUCAAAGCUCAGAUCUCACUAAACAUCACAGAAUACACUCUGGUGAAAAGCCCUACCAUUGCACUAGUUGUGAGAAAGCCUUCAGUCAGAGUUCUGACCUCAUCCUUCAUCAGAGGAUUCACACUGGAGAAAGGCCGUACCUGUGCAUGUGGUGCAACAGGGGCUUCAGUCAGAACUCAGACCUUAUCAAACACCAGAGAAUCCACACUGGAGAAAAACCGUACGUAUGUAACAAGUGUGGGAAGGCAUUCAGUCAAUGCUCAACACUUAUUUUACACCAGAGAACCCACACCGGGGAGAAACCCUAUUCAUGUGUUCAGUGUGGCAAAAGCUUUAGCCGGCGUUCAGAUCUCAUUAGCCAUCAAAGAAUCCACACUGGUGAAAGAACAUGUAAACGUUAUAGAUAUGGGGAAACAGUCAGCCUGGACACAGAACUGAAUGGACAGCAGAGCAGCCACACUGAAGACAAACUCUUCCAGUGUGUUCAGUGUGAUAGGUGUUUUAGCCAACUCUCUGAUCUUCUUGAUCAUGAAAAUCUCCAUGCUGAGGAAGACAAUCUAACUGAGAUGGGUGUGGGGAAACCUUUAUAGUGUGUGCACCAGCAUUAUUCAGGACCAGAGAUAACCAUACCAGAACAACAAUCUUAUGAAUGCAAUUAAAGAGUGUGAAAUAAGGUCUUACUCAGUGUUCAACUCAUGCUACAUUUAGAAAACUAUGAAGAAAAAAAAAGCAACUUGAUUUUUGUUAUUUAAUGUGUCGGCUUUGGCAGUACUGAAAACUGAGAAAAAUACUAAGGAAGAAUUCUGGGAGUUGUGGGGAAAACUUCGUUGUUAAUAAAUUUUUUUUCAUGAAUGUUA